UGAAAUAUCGCUAAAUUUAAUUUUAAAUCUUUAAGACUUCAACACAAAAGUACAGGGCACGAAAACACCAAUAGAAAUUCAAGUUCCAGUCUCUCUCUUUCUCUCCUUUCCCCUUUUCUGUUCGCUAUAUCUGAAUGAAGUAGUAGCAGUAACGAAAGAAACAAAGAAAAGACAUCAUUCUCGAGAGAUUCCUCUAUUCAUCAUGUCUCCAGCUGCUUCCCAUCCUAUCGCGAAAACCUCAUUCGAGGAUCGAGCCUCGAAAACAAAGCACCCUUUAACCGCCUACCUACUCCGUCUCAUGACCCUCAAACAAUCUAAUCUAUGCGUCAGCGCCGAUGUCUCUACAGCCGGUGAACUUCUCCGAUUAGCAAAUGCCGUCGGUCCAUCCAUCGUCGUGCUAAAGACGCAUUAUGAUCUCAUCAACAACUGGGACUACAGCCCAACCACGGGCACGGGAGCGCGCCUCAACCGUCUCGCGCGUCGUCAUGGAUUCCUCAUAUUCGAAGAUCGGAAAUUCGGUGACAUUGGAAAUACCGUGCAAUUACAAUAUACGGAAGGCACUGCCAAGAUCAUCGAGUGGUCGCAUAUCACCAAUGUUAACAUGAUACCUGGGAAAGCCAGCGUGGAUUCCUUGGCCGAAGCAGCGGCAAGAUGGAGAGAACGCAAACGUUAUGAAGUCAAGACGAAUAUAUCAGUUGGGACUCCGCGACCCGAAAGCAUUGAAGGCGACGAAGAUCAAAUCACCACUCCUAUAAGUCUUAAUAACACUUGCCAUGAAAUUCCAGAUGGUUCUCAUGGAUUAGAAGCACACAAUGAGGCGAAUAUUGGACGAAAAGCUAGUAUCGUUUCUAUUACCACCGUGUCGCAACAUUUCGAACCGGCCGAUUCGCCACGCUCGCGCAUUGAUUUCGAUAUUGAAGAAGAAGCAUAUCCUGGAAUUGAUGAAGCGCCAUUGGAAAGAGGUCUUUUGAUAUUAGCACAAAUGAGUAGCGCGGGAAAUUUCAUGACCAGAGAUUAUACCAAUGCGUGUGUAGAGAGUGCGAGGGAGCAUAAACAAUAUGUCAUGGGAUUUAUUUCGCAAGAAACAUUAAAUACAGAUGCGGAUGAUGAUUUUAUUAGCAUGACUCCAGGAUGUCAAUUACCGCCUGAGAAUGAUGAGGAAGCAGAGUUAGAGGGUGAUGGAAAGGGACAACAGUAUAAUACUCCUGGAAAGUUGGUAGGUUUAGGUUGUGAUAUUGUUAUUGUAGGAAGAGGUAUCAUUCGUGCGGGAGAUCCAGAGUGGGAAGCAGAGAGAUACAGGAGGAAGGCCUGGGAAGCAUACCAGGAGAGAAUUAAAGCUUAGGGAAGAGGGGGAAGAAAAGCGCCAUGCGAAAGAAAGAUGGAAGAAAGAAAGAAAUGCUAGCUAAGGAAAUAAUCCGGUUAAAGGAAGCACAAUGACAGACAACCUGUCAACCGUGUUACAAGAAGCAUAUUGGUAGCAAGAAAUGAUUAAGAGAAUUGGAAAUUGCAAUACCAUAUAUAGCUUAUUUUCUUAACUCGAGAGCUCCAAGUUAGAUACCCGUUACAAUGUGUUAUUGUUAUUGUAUUUGUUAUUCUGUUAUUUUAGUUUUUUAGUUUUUUAGUUUUUUUUGGGUUUCCUUCUUAAUGCAUACGAAUUAGUAUGUAUCAUGUAUCAUGUAUCAUGUAUCUUAUAUUCUGUAUUCUGUAUCUUCAACUAUAGCUGGUUAUUU